AUGGUGGCCGGCAUGCCGGGCGCCCGCCCAACCGGCGGCCGCGCGGCGGGCAGGCUGGUGCGGCUGGCGCGCGCAGCGGCGGCGGCGUUCAUCUGCCUGCUGGUGGUGCGGGCGUUGGCUGGCUGGCGCCCCGCCUCCCUGGCCUCCCCGUCCUGCCUGGAGGGCUGCGUCAGCGCGCAGCACGUCCCAGGCCAGCCUGCAGCGAAGCAGAAGAAGCGGGUGGGGUGGGUGGGGCACACGUUUGAUGCCCGCCCGCCCUCCGGGCUCAGCGUGCUGGAGGCUCGCCAGGUGGCGUCAGAAAACUUUGGCAACCUGGUGUGGGCGUACGGCGCGUGGCAGCUGGUGGACCACAACGCAACGCAGCUGGUACCGCUGGAGCCGCCGGGACCGUACACCGCGCCCGUGGAGGUGGUCCUGCUGCCCACCGCCAACAUGCUCAUGAAUGCCUCCAAAUACGAGGCCAUCAAAGCCUACACAAACACGGUGCUGGGGAUAGCGGAGGCCGUGACGGCGCCCAUCGUGCUGGUGGGCGUGGGCAGCCAAGUUCGUUUUGAGGACCAGCACGGCGGCGGCGGCGGCGGCGGCGAGGCGGCGGCCGCCUCCGACUUCUCGGCGGCUUCCACCGUGGUGCUGCACCCGCAGCAGGUGGCCUUCCUGCGGCGCGUGGAGCAGUCAGGUGGCCUCACCAUCACCCGCAGAAAGUUCACGGCGGCGCUGGUCGAGGGCGCGGGGCUGGCGCCGGCGCUGCCCCUGGGCUGCCCAAGCCUGUUCAUCAACCAUGACCCCUCGCUGGGCGCGUCCUUAAAGCGCAAGUGGGAGGCGGUGGUGGCGGCGCGCGACCCCAAGCUGCGCCUGGCCGUCACGCUGCCCAAGGUGCACAAGGACCUGCCGCCGCCCACUGACCUGCUGCGCCUGCUGGCGGAGCGCGUGCUGGGGGCCUUCCCCGCCAGCAUCGUCGUCCUGCAGACGGCGGACGACAUGAACACGCUGCAGCUGCUGCACGACCGCCACGGCCUGUACCUGCCGCCGCACCGGAUACGCUACUUCUACGAUGUGGAGUCAUGGGUGGACGGCCUGGCCGCCUGCUGUGACCUGGUCUGGGGCUUCCGCAUCCACGGCACCAUGGCGGCGCUGAUGGCGGGAGUGCCGGGCGUGGUGAUAUCGCGGGACUUCCGAAUCAAGGAGCUGGCGGAGGCGAUGGCGGUGCCCAGCGCCGACAUCCUGCACGCCCGCCUUGACCCCGAUGCCUUCGACCUGUUUGACUUUCUGGAGGGCUCGGUGGCGGGCGCCUUUGCGGGCUUCGACGCGCGGCGGCGCCAGGUGGCGCGGGUCUAUGCCCGGGAGUUCAAACGCCUGGGCCUGGCGCUGCACCCGGGCAUCGCCGCGCUGGCCGCGUCGACGGGGUGA